ACUAGCUUUGUCUGCUCCUCAGUUUCAACUCUUUUUCUAUCUCUCUCUCUCUCUCCAAUUAUUUUUUAUUUUUUAACUUCUCAAAGACAUUUCCUUUUAAAAAUCAUCUCACAAAACCACCUUAAGAUGCGCCCAACUCCCUUUCAUCAAACACUCUCUGAAAGCUUUCAGUUUUGAUUUUUAAUUUUAUUUUAUAUUUUUUCCUUCGUUCUUUCUUUUGGUCAUGAACUAAUGCUUUACAGAGGUCUUUUAGAUUGGUGGAGCAUCCAAAAUGGAUUUUGGGGUGGUGGGUUUGGAGGGUUUGAUGGGUCCUGAAGGUGGAGAUCCUUCACAGAUUACCGACUCUGAGACCAAGACAAAGGGUCUCGGAUCUGGGUUUGGCAAGCAAGAAAGAUCUAGGCCUAAUGAAGAUGACUGGAGGAGAGCCAAAAUGGUGAAAACAGAGGAUUUGUCAUCGGCCACCAAGACAAUGCCGUUGCAUCAGGGGACUACUCCUCUGCUGAGAUCUAAUUCUCUGCUACCUGCUGGUGAUACUCGUCAACAACAACAACAACAACAACAACAACAACAACAACAACAACAACAAGAGCAUAUGCUUAGCUUCUCUUCGCAUAAACCAGUAGUUUCUUUUCUCACUAAAGAAGGUGGGCCUUUGGACAGAAACACUCAAACCUCAGCUUUUCCUUACUACCAACGCACGCCCUCUGCUGCUUACUCAAGAAAUGCAGUUUCAGUUUAUGGUUCUGGAAGCUUGAAUGCAAACAUGCAUGGGCCUUUUACCGGGGUUAGAGGACCAUUUACUCCAUCACAAUGGAUUGAGCUAGAGCACCAGGCUUUGAUCUACAAGUACAUCAGUUCAAAUGUGCCUGUACCAUCAAAUUUGCUCAUACCUCUCAAGAAAUCCAUCUACCCAUAUGGCUUGUCCGGUUCGUCUGCUGGAUCUUUGCCUCCCAAUUCAUUAGGGUGGGGCUCUUUCCAUCUGGGUUUUUCUGGCAACACCGAUCCUGAACCCGGGAGGUGUCGUCGAACCGAUGGUAAGAAAUGGCGGUGCUCUAGAGAUGCUGUUGCCGACCAGAAGUACUGUGAAAGGCACAUAAACAGGGGCCGCCAUCGUUCAAGAAAGCCUGUGGAAGGCCAGUCUGGCCAUGCCGCCUCGGGGACCACUACUUCAAAGGUGGUGCCGAUGACUUCCUCCAUGUCAACAUCGGUGAUACCCAGUGGCGGAGCAUCCGACAGCCUCACCAUCACACCACAUCACCUUAAGAAUUUGCAAUCUGGUGCUGGUGCUUCUUCUUCUGCUGCCGCUGCUGUUGCUACCAAUCCUUCUACAGAUGCUCUUGUGAACAGAAUGCAAGAUCUUCGGGGCCUGUCAAUGAUGUCUUCUCCUACCAUCAAACUGAAAGCUAACGUCUCUACUUUUAACAUUCCAAAACAAGAGCUCAUGUUGGAAGAAUCCUCCCAAUCAGAGUUUGGACUUGUUUCUACUGAUUCACUUCUUAAUCCUUCACAUAAGAGCUCUUACUUGAAUUCCAAAAACUAUGGUUCUUUCUUAGACUUCAGUGACCAAGAAACCCAAGACCAACAUCCGCUACGACAAUUCAUGGAUGAGUGGCCAAAAGACCAGUCCAAUCACUCGGUCAUUAGUUGGCCUGAAGAAAUCAAAUCAGACUGGACCCAGCUCUCGAUGUCGAUACCUAUGACAUCCUCAGAAUUCUCAUCAUCCUCGUCAUCUCCCACACAGGAAAAACUUGCACUUUCACCGCUAAGAUUAUCUCGCGAGUUCGAGCCUAUGCAAAUGAAUUUGGGACAAAGUAACGAGCUUGGUGAAGCAACACAUAAGCAGACUAAUUGGGUACCUGUAUCCUGGGGAACUUCAAUGGGAGGUCCUUUAGGAGAGGUCUUGACCAGUUCAACCACCACAGUGAAGCCUUGCAAGAAUUCAUCUGCUCUUAACCUCUUGACAGAAGGGUGGGAAGGUAGUCCUCAGCUGGGGUCUUCUCCAACAGGUGUCCUACAGAAGUCAACUUUCUGUUCACUCUCAAACAGCAGUUCAGGAAGCAGUCCAAGAGCCGAUAACAAAAAGAAUCUUGAUGGAGCUAGCCUAUAUGAUGAUGUUCUUGGUUCAACUCUAGCAAGUUCCUCAAUUCCCUCCUUGUAAAUUCGAAAUCUGAUGCAAAAGCAAGGAGCUGAAGGUUUACGAAACAGAAGAAAAGAUUGACCUGGUGGAACGAGUCUAGAAAAGCUAGGAGUAACCCUUUGUUUAUCUGAUUUAAAUUUCUUUGUUUUUUUUUUUUUUUUACUCUCUCUAUGGCUUUUACAUGUCAAACAAAACUAGAGACAUGGUUCAUUCUGAUUUCGAAUAGGUAAUUUGCCCAGUUUGGCUCAUGUGGGUUUGUGGGUGUCAGAUAGUUUUUUUUUUUUAUUUUUUUUUUCGUCCGCCUCUUUCCUAAUGAAUUUAAUGUAAUUUAUGCUGUGUUGAUA